AUGCUACGAAGGAGCCAAUCUGCCAACGGCGCAGCUCUGUUAGGACUUCACUACGAGGAAAAUCGCCGCAUACGGACAACCACUCAGCCGAAGAUUCGACCGGAGUUGAAUAAUUUGAACGAUGAAGACCUUACCCAAGCACUCAGUGACAUGUUCCUAGCCAAAUACGGUUAUAUGGCUCGACCACAGCAGGUCGAAGUUGCCGAGAAACAUGUGGUUGGCCUCCACGCCGUAAAUCUUACGGGCCCCAACUGCACACAGGGGAUGUGCGAUUCAAUCAUCGAAGGACACUUCAACUUCGUUUACGUGCUCAUCAACAACUCCCGCGGGACGCCCAACGAAACAGCGAACCCCAACUCUACCUUUGCUCAACGCUACCACGCCACAACUGGCCCUGAAAGUAAAGCCAAUGCGGUUGCUGCUUAUGUCGCCGGUACCCUCGCUGCGGCACUCACUACCGAGAACUUCGACGACUCUAUCGCGAUGGACAAAGUCGGCCUGGAGGCUCUGCUCUCCGCCCCACCGGAAGCCGUUGUCCUGCCUCGCCCUGAACCUCGACCUUCCGCGCUCCAGUGCAGCAAAGACGAUUCGAUCAUGAGGUCGGUAGAACUCAUGGCGUUGGUUGACGCCCUAGUGGUGGCCUUUGACAAAUUAUUCAACAAGGUCAUGACAUCACCUUCUAACCUAGGUCCUGAAGACUAUCUUGGGCGAGACCUGGCUUGGGAUCUCGCCAAAAACAUCGACAUUUUCUCUGAGCCUGGCGACCUGGCGGUGGUACUGGCCAGCGAGACCAUUGAAGGCCAAUUCGAAACGCUGUUUGGAGCCUUUCAAGAUUGGAAAGCUCGCUUAGAUACGGAUGCAGUGCUCGUGGAGGCGUCUACUCGCAGGCGCACGGCGAUUCGAGCGGCGUCUGCAAAAAAGGCGAUAUCUGUGGAAGGUGCCCUUCUAGCCAAACAGCGUCAUGAAGCCCAGAAGAUGCAACAUCAACUAGACCGCGAAAACGCAAAACAGCAGCUGGCCAUUCAAAAAGCGGCGGACCACGACAGACGGACUCAAGAGAAGCUCAACGCGGCCGCUCGUAAGAAGGCAGCCCCAAACAAAAUCGUCAACAGAAAUGGAAACGUCACCAACCAUAUAAGUCAGCAAGGGGAAUCCGCUAAUAAUAUUGUCACUCAUGGUCACAUAUUCUCUCAUGCACCAUCAGCCCUCCCUAAGAGGGUAGCUGAGGAGUGGCCUGGGGUUAUGAACCCCAAAAGGCGAACAUCUUUGAAUGGCAUUGCCAUCACUCCUCUUCCGGAGCCUCCUCAUCUUCCCAACUCGCAAGCACAUUGGCCUGGCCCCAGCGAAACCUCGAAGAUCGACCCGCGUUUGAGUCAGAUCUGA